AUCAACUAUACUAUACUACCCAUUUAUUUAAUUGAGGGGUAGCUACCUUAAGCAGCAACUAGAUUUUAGCCUCUUGUUUUCCGUCCAGACCUUUUGCAAAUGAGGUCGGUAGGGUAUCUAGGUGCAUAAAAUACUUUAUUAAGUUAGCGGCUUGGCGUACAUCCCAAAAUGUCGAGAUAGCAGAACGGAUUCGCGUUCGCGAAACUUCUCGUCUUGGUUUCCACAAUCUAAGGCUCUGUAUAUACUGGAUGAACCCAUGCCAUCUGCUUUCCACACAUUCAAGCUCGUCCCAGCAAUGGCGCCAACAGUCAAUCGCCAGCCAACUCCCAUCUUGCCACCGUCAACACCCUCAAGCAGCACUGCACGUCCUGGGAGCUCGCAAGCCCAACAGCCACCGAACAGCCAACAGCACGACACGCCCGCGUCGACGCCUACCUCAGAAGCUCGUAUGAACCCUCCACCGAUCCCUCGCCCACUUAUGACGCCCGCCCGCGAAAUGCGUGAAAGUUCUGUCGUUUCGUCUGCUGGCAGCAGCUCGCGCAAACCCCGACAAAAUCUUGAAGAGCGCGACCACAUUCUCAUGUUGACCCAUUGCUACGAGCAGCGGGGCAAUUUCAAGGAGGGAACCAAAGCUCAAUUUUGGACUGGCGUAAACACGGCGUUCCAACGAGAUACUGGCAAAGUUCUGGCUCAAAUGAGUGCUACAGUGGGAAGGCUAGUGGAGGCUAGGAGGAGGCAGAUAUCGGACUGGGAGGCUGGUGUUAUACCGCAAAAGCCUGGAGGCGAGCUGAACGAUAGACUGGAUCAAUGGAUGGAAUUUCUGAAAGUUGAAGAUGGAGAGAACGAGGCCGAGAGAAUGAGACAGGUGGACGCCAGGAGAAAGGUCGAAGAAGCAAGGAAGGAGGCCAGGAGACAAGCAAUUGCCGCCGAGGCACUGGCAAGUGCUCAGAAUACUCCAGAGCAGAGUGCAUACCCCGGACCCCAACCGCCUCCUCCACAGUUAGCUCCAAUGGGGCAUCCUCCACAGAGCAAAACACCCCAGCAGCAGCAUCCACCACCACCACCACACAUCCAGCAAGCCCCACCACCUCCCCAAUACCAGCAGCAGCAACAGCACUCAUAUUCCCAUGAGAGUCAGGAGAUGGUUGUGGCCAAUGGAGAGCAAGAGAUGAACGGGCACCGACCUCACAAACGGAAAAGGGGAAACGAGCGUGCUCUGACCCGCGAAUUACAAGCACAACUCGAGCACCAGCAAUGGGAAGCCCAGCAAUACGCUCUAGCCCACCCACCUGAACCACCUCGGAGAGUCAUAGUGGAGGGGGCUCUAACGAAGGAUGACUGGAAAGACAUCAUGGGCAAUGACGCACGCCUGCGAGCUCUCGAGAACAAAGUCGACAAGAUAGAGUUGAUUGUAUCACAGAACAACAAAUUGCUGUUGCAGCUCGUACAGAAUCAGAAUAAGGACAAAGAUCGUAAUUCGGAGGAGGAACGUGUGCCAGUCCAUCUCGAUGCUGAGUUUGAGCGGGAUUACUUGUCUGGACGAUAUGCGAAGACGCCAUUACCUAUCACUUGAUCAGAGGUCAAUUCGAAUAUGUGCAUCGCCUACAUCACCGUUGGGGGUCGAGAGUUGCACCCGAACAUCGACGACUCUUGUGCGAUAUUUGCCAACGUGGGUAAACUACUUUGAUUCCCAAUUCUUGAUCGACCUUCUGGCUUUUCUUGUAAAUAAGGUACAGCCCCUCUCCUCACCAACCGCCUAGCUGGACAGACCAAGCUCAUACUCCAAACCAGCACUUUCCAACGUCCUCAGCCACCAGAGAGGUUGGCCAAUAAUUUCAUUCGGGUCAGCCAGCUAGCUUGUUCAUAUUCCCCUCUUCAUAUUCAAUCAAAUAGGAUGGGAACUAUCGAAGCGGGUGGCGUUUCAAGGCAAAAGCAGUUUCCUUGUACAAUAAUUACCACAUGCUUGCUUAAUAUUUCGGAGGCGCAGGCUUUCUUUCUUAUUUGUCACCGUGCCUCUGGGUUUCUGGCGUUGGGGAAAGUCUUAUACCCGAUCGAUCAAUUCUAUCUAUCAAGAUUCAUGAUCGAUAUAUCCAGUACCUAGCUAGUUAGCUAGCUACCAAACAAGUGGUUUUUCUUAAAGAGACAAUUGUACAAUCUCGUUUUGAUA